AAGAACAAGACGAAACACUUAUUCUGUGGAAGGAGAGACUGAACGUGUUGCGCAUCGAAUAUCCAGGAUGUUUGUUCUCAUCUGGUCAACUCUGUUUUUCUCUGUAAGAGGCAGCAGUGCUGACAAAGGUGCCUCAGUCUGGAGACGACAACACUGUAGAGGCAAAGGAAAUUGUGUGACUCUGAGUGAGCGAGAACUAACAGCAGAGGCUGGACUCUGUGUUGUGAUCCCGUGUUCUUUCACUACUGCUGCUAACUUUACACCCAAACAUACAGUUUGGUACAAAUGCGAAGCGUCUAAAAAAUGUAGUGAUGCUGACAUAACAUUUCACAGCAACAAGAACAAUGAAAAAGUUCAGUCUGGGUUUAAAGGACGAGUCUCACGUUUGGAACCUGAUGUGAGUCAGAAAAACUGCAGCAUCAUCAUUAAUGAUCUGAAAGAGUCUGAUUCUGGAUUUUAUCAGCUCAGAGUUACUGGUGUACUGAAUGGACAACAAGGUGGAUUCACAUUCAGUCAAAAAGUAACUGUUUCUAUUAAAGGUAUUGAACAGAAGCCUACAGUAAUGAUUCCCACACUGACAGAGGGACAGCAGGCCACACUGACCUGCACUGCUCCUGGUCUCUGCUCUGGAUCUGUUCCUCAAAUCACCUGGACAUGGAGAGGAGAAGGAGGGACUGAAUCUUACAUUACAGGAAACAGCACUGUGUUUAAGACUGAGGGUCUGACUCCUUUCACACAAAGACAUGUGUCAACUUUGACCUUUAACCCUUCAGCUGAACACCACAACACCAAUGUCACCUGUAAAAUCCGCUUCACAGGUGACGCGACUGCACAAAAGACUUCAGGUUUGAAUGUAAACUAUGUGAAGGAGGUUAACAUCACUGGUGUUACAACUGUCAGGGACGGUGAGGCUCUGAAUCUGACCUGCAAUGUUCACAGUUUCCCUCCAUCUCUGAUUAUUUGGUCUAAACUUGGUUACAAUGAAACGCUUCACAUUGACACUGGAUCAGCCAAUCUUGUUAUCAUCAAUGUAACAGCAGGAUAUGCUGGACAAUACGUCUGCACAGCUAAAUAUAUGAACAAUACCCUGAAGGACAAAGUCAACGUCACAGUGAUAUAUAAAAGGAUACCUCAAAUCAUUGGAAACACAACUAUCAAGGAGGGAGAUGUCCUGAAUCUGACCUGCAGUGUUGAAAGUUUCCCUCCAUCUCUUAUUAUGUGGUCUAAAUUAGGUUCCAAGGCAAACCAUCAUAACGACACUGGAUCUGCUACACUAGUCAUCCCAAAUGCAACAGCAGAACAUUCUGGACAGUACAUCUGUACAGCAAAAUACAUGGACAGUGUCCUGAAGAAAGACACCAAUGUAACCGUGAUAUGGUUUUCAAAGAUACAGAAGGGCUCUGGAUGUGUGCUUCAGUCAGAGGUUUUGACCUGUGUGUGUAUCAGUGAAGGGUUUCCUUUACCUACUAUCAAUUGGCCGCUACUGAAGAACCACACUGAGUACUCUGUCAUUACUACUGUGUCAAACCACACAGUCAACAGCAUUAUCAGUCUAACUGUAAAAAGCCAUGGCAACAGCACUGUUGAAUGUGUGAGUAACAAUGGAAAUGGAGAAGAAAGAGAAAUCCUCCUUAUCCAUCAAAACUUGUCUGAAAAACAUGAGCAAUCAUCUGGUGUCAGGCUGGCAUACCUGAAAGUCAUUAUUGCCUUUUUGACUGGGGUACUUUUUUCAGCAGUCCUUUGCUGUUUGGCCAAACAUUGCUACAGAAACAAACAAAAGACUUCCAGAAGUUUGGAGAUGAGGACACAUCAAGAUGAUAAACUGGUCUAUGAUGGUCAAGAAUUACAGGACAAUCUGACUCUUAACUCAAACAGCGGGCCAAAAGAAGUGGAGUAUGCUGACAUUAAUUUUUCCUUGUUGAAAAGAAAUGGUGCCAGAGAGGCAGCAAGGAGGCAAGAGAGCACAAAGACAGUAUAUGCUGAAAUUAAGAAAGCAGUCGAGGAACGGGAAGAUGAUGCUGAAGAGGAAGGUGAAAUGCUGGAGGCCAAAGAGGACGAGAUGGUAGUGGAGAUGGAGAUGAAAUACCGUGAACCAGAAAAGGAGUUAAAAAUGGGAAAGGAGAGAGUGUACACCACUGUGAAUGAUGUUACUGAUGAAAUUUGAGGAAUGUUUUAUUGUGGAGUUGAUUGAGAUAAAGAAUCUCUCAUCACACGUUAUGAACACCACGCCUUUACAUACAACAGCAGGAACUAUGCAAACAUUAAUUUACCGAAGUAUGUGUGUGUAUAAAAUAACAUUUCUACACCUAAGAACCAUAUGGUUCUGGUAUAUAAAGUGCACAAAUAAAGUUAGAGUGUUAAGCUUGCUAUUAACAGUAGAGAUACUGCACAACAAAAUAGGAACAAAAAAAAGCUUAAAUAUGCAGAAGUGUUCGCAGACAAGCUCUAUGCAGAUGAAAUGACGUCAUGCCAAAAGAGGGAAAGUUUUUUUUCUUUUCUUCUUUAAGCUCAUUAAUGCAUUUGAUCUUUCUAAGGAACUUCCUUCUUCAUUUACCGUAUAUUACUGUUUACUAAUAUAUGCACAUUUGAACCAGCAGGAAAGCAAUGAAUUAAUGGCAAUACAAUGAGCCAGUAAGUGCUGAAUG